CCAGUUUCCAACAGUUGAAAUGCGGGCAGAUCGUUGGUCUGCCCUAUUCUUCGGUCAUUUUCUGACCUUCUGGGCUUCAGCCUAUACCUACAGUACCGUCGUUGGCACUUUGACUGUUGUCGAGUCUCUGAACCAUGAGAAACACAUUCCGGUCACCUUUAAUCUCAACCUAUUCACCCGUGGAUGGACCACCGCGUUCUUGAUCCGAGUCAUCAAAAUUCUCCUCUUCCAGAUCCCCGAUAAACAUACCAUGACCCUUUCAGCAUGGUGCCUGUAUACCAUUAUGAUCGACAUACUUUUAUCCGGUUUAUAUAUUCGUGCAGUGCAUACCAUCAUAGCUCGGCCUUCUGCUUCUUAUUUCUACCUUUCAAGCUGGAGAACAUUUCUUCAAAUAAUACCCGCAGCAGUUGUUGCCAGUGUUGCACGGAGUCUCAACUUCUUCAUCCCAUACGCGAUUCUGAAGACCUCCCUGUAUGACUCGAUGCAACCAUACCUUCUCCUACUGUCAAGUGCGGUGGUAUAUUUCCUUGUGACGGCUCCAGCACAAGCUGUGUUUAUCAGGGUCUCGGCGUCAAGAUUGUCAGAAAAAGACCUUCCUAUCGUGACGCUAGAUGACAAAAUCAGGGGAAAUGGCGGGAUUGGAAUGGUAACUGCAUGGACAAGCUGGGAAAGACGUAGUUAUAUAAACUACUACCAGGCUUUGGUCAAGGCAUUUAUCCUAAAAGUAUCUACGUGGGUGUGCUUUGGCUGGUUGAUGAUAACGGUCUAUGAGCCGUAUGUCUGGGACAUAAUCUGGGUGGCGGCUUAGUUGACAGAUAUAGUACUCAGUAGUAUAUAAAGUACCAUUUUGGUAUUAGAAUGAUUAGAAUAGCAUGGCAGUAUAUAGUG